GCUUGGAGAGCACCUCCCUGCCCAUCCUGACCAUCCAUGGCCAUACAUGGAAACCCCAAGGCAGAGAGCAGCAGCGAAGCCCCCCAGGUUUCACUAUGAAGAAUGGAAGGUCUCUACAGUAACAGCACUUUACCGGACCAAAGCUUUAACUACAGCAACAUCACCUGCAACUACCAAAAGAGCAUCCAUGAGUACCUAUAUAAUGAGCCUGAUGUCAUAUAUGUGGUGACAUGCGUUACCAUUGUUGUCGGCCUUCCUUUGACCCUGGUGGCCAUCUAUGCUCUUUAUUCUAUGGUGAGAAGUGAUCAUGUUGCUCCCAUCUACGUCAUCAACCUUCUCAUUACCGACCUGCUUCAGCUCUGCUGCAUGAUCGUUGAAGUGGCACCACCUGAGGAUGAGAUUAUAUCUGUCAUGUCCUUUUGUAUUUACGUCUUUAGUCUGUUUACCAGUGUUUACUUCAUGGUCUGCAUCUCCCUGGAAAGGUAUUUGGUCAUCGCCCACCGCUGUGGUACCGCUUCAGACGAACCAUCAAGAGUUCUGUGGUGGUCUGUGUCCUGGUCUGGGUCCUUCCUCCUUUUUGUGUUGUCCUUUUCUUUUUCGUUUAUCUGGUCCCAGCAAUAA